GUGUGUUAUUACUGGAAGAACUUCGGAGCCGAGGAGGUGGAGCCUUACGAAUAUCAGCUCUAUAGACUACUCGUUGGUCGCUGUAACACAACUACCUCCGUUUGCUGGAUAGAGAAAGGAGAGAGUAUUGUUUAUUAUCUAUUUCACUUGCUUUGGUAAUAUAAACAUGUUUCCCAUGCCAACAAAGCCCUUUGAAUUGAUUUGAGAGAGAAUAAGAAUAUAAGGGGGAGGACCCCGACGUCUUUACCGACAAUAGCCUACGGACCCGUUCCUCUGUGGGUUAGAAGAGACAGGAGUUAAUGACCAAGUUUAUAAAUGAUUUAACUCGGGGACUUUGGAUAUUUUCUCCCCCCGGAGAGGAACGCUGGAGCCCGAGACAGGAACCAUCUCCAAGCUGUCUGCAGUGGGUGGUCUCUCUGAGGUCCUCUCUGGACUGCUCCUCAGUGUCUUCACUCUGGGAAUCACGUCCACUGCCCUACUCCUCCCUUCCCUCACGUCCUCUCCCCUCCUCCCCCCACACGUCCUCAUCCUCCCUCCCCUCCUCCCUCACGUCCUCUCCCUUUCUCCUCUCCACCUCCAUCACAACUCCCCUCCUCCCCUUGUACCUCCUCCCCCUCCCUGCUCUGGACCCCCCACCCCUCAGUCAGCAAGCCGAGCAGGGGGGGUCAGGGCGCCAUGGUAACCCAUAGCAGGCACGACCCCCCCAGCCAUGAGCAGCGUUACCCACCCAGAGGCCAGAGGUCAGGGGUCAGACGUGCACCCCCUGCGCUACAAACCCUUCAGCUCGCACGCACACUACCAACAGGUGCUGUGUGCGGUGCGUAAGUUACAGGAGAGUGGGUUCUACUGGGGUGCAGUGGGGGGUCGUGAGGCCAGCGCUCUGCUCCGCUCCCAGCCCCCCGGGACCUUCCUGGUCCGAGACUCCUCCGACCACCACUACUUCUUCACACUGUCGGUCCAGACGGCUCGCGGGACCAAGAACCUCCGGAUCCACAGCCAGGGGGGAAGCUUUUACCUGCAGCCUGACCCCCACUGCACGCACACGCCCCCGCGUUUCGACUGUGUGCUCAAACUGAUUGGACACUACAUGGGGAAGGAGGGAGGUGGAGGAGGAGAUGGGGAGGCCGGGGUAAGGACAGGGGGAGGCAUGGCUGCGACUGCAGGGGAGACUGUGGGGACAGGGAGUUUGUAUCUGAUCCACUCUGGGGGAGAGAAGGUUCCGUUAGAACUGCGUCGACCCCUCCCCUCCUCGCUGUCCUCCCUCCAGCACCUGUGUAGAAGGACCCUGAACGGACACCUGGGGGGCCCGGAUCCCCCCGACACACACCAGCUCCCUCACACUCUAAGAGACUUCUUGGCGGAGUACGAUGCUCCCAUCUAACACACACACACACACACAGUUCAGUUUGGGGGUUUCCCUGUCUAACGGUUGAGGAUAGGAUUUGGAGAGGGUAAGCUGAUCCUAGAUCGAUGCCACUGCUUUCCUAUCAAGUGGAGCCUCAUAUUGGUAGCCAUGGAUACACCUCUCCUGGAGAGACUGUCAAUGGGAGUCAGGAAAACGCUGGGGGUCAAAGGUUAUUGCCCUGUCAGCAAAGUUAGUCGUUCUCCCAGCGGAAGCUGUGAUUGGGUAGUCAAAAAGAUUAAAGUGACGCAGACAGUGAACGUGCACACACGCAAGCAAACACACACACGCAAGCAAACACACACUUUAGCAGUAUCUUUAGGAGUGUUGUCAGAAGGUUUCCUGUGGGUUUGUUGUGCUGCUGGGGCUGAGGAACAGCUCUUUCUAUUGAUUAGCAGAAGCUUACCUCUACUCUUUCUCCUGUCUGACAUGUAAAAUGGGCUGACUGGAUUGAGAGUGAGAGAGAGAGGGAGAUAGAGAGAGGGAUGGAAGUAUAAUGAGAGAAAAGGAGAGAGGGUGGGGAGUAUGGCAGUGAAUGUCAAACCAGGGGCCCAUAGCAGAGUGAAUGUGUUUGUGUGCAUGGUGUCGUACACAUUUCCACUGCUGCAUGCCAACUAGCAUGGCCUCAUAGGAAGGUGUGAGGGAUCAUGGCUGACAACAGCCUCUAGCCUCACACACAUAGACACACACACACACACACACACACACACACACACACACACACACACACACACACACACACACACACACACACACACACACACACACACACACACACACACACACACACACACACACACACACACACACACACACACACACAGGCUGAAGACAGCCACUAGCCUCACACACAUAGACACACACAGGCAUACAUACAGCUAUACUGCAGCCUUGGAAGCUCUUCUGUUAGAAUGUGAUGGAGGUGCCCCUGUCUCUCCUUCUUGUCUUUAUCCCCCCCCCCAACACCACAUAUCUCUCUGGGAACAGGAGUUGUGACAGUGAGUCUGAGCAGACCACUGUUAGUCAGACAAAAGCCCUGGCAGACAACCAAAGCUAACAGUGGAUCUUAUUAUAGUCCCAGGGGGCGGGCGGGCGGACGGACGGACGGACGGACGGACGGACGGACGGACGGACGGACAGACAGACAGACAGACAGACAGAAACAACAAUGUGUGUCCCAAAUAGCACUUUUAUAGUGCAUUACUUUGGGACCCUGUGGACUCUGGUCAAAAGUAGUUCACUAUAGGAAAUAGGUUGCCAUUUGAGACACAUGCAGAAACAACUACAACUGAAGCAGAACAUAGUCAGAAGUCGAGUGGGAGAGGUUAGGAAAAAGUGAGGAAGACAAGUAGGGGUGAGGCUGGGGGAGAGGGGGAGAGGUUAGGAAAGGGUGAGGAAGACAAGUAGGUUAGGAAAGGGUGAGGCUGGGGGAGAGGUUAGGAAAGGGUGAGGCUGGGGGAGAGGUUAGGAAAGGGUGAGGCUGGGGGAGAGGUUAGGAAAGGGUGAGGCUGGGGGAGAGGUUUGGAAAGGGUGAGGCUGGGGGAGAGGUUAGGAAAGGGUGAGGCUGGGGGAGAGGUUUGGAAAGGGUGAGGCUGGGGGAGAGGUUUGGAAAGGGUGAGGCUGGGGGAGAGGUUUGGAAAGGGUGAGGCUGGGGGAGAGGUUUGGAAAGGGUGAGGCUGGGGGAGAGGUUAGGAAAGGGUGAGGCUGGGGGAGAGGUUAGGAAAGGGUGAGGCUGGGGGAGAGGUUAGAGAUGGUUUUCAGACCACAGAGACGAUGACAACCCCUUCAUUUGGUCUGAUGAUGAUGGUAGUGAUGAUGAUGAUAGUGAUGACGAAGAUGUGAUAAUAAUGAUUUUGAUGAUGAUGUAGUGUUAAGCUGAAUCCAUGUCUUCCUGAUAGAAGUCAAAUUAGUAGAAGAUCAACGUUUGUCAUUUUUAACAUUUACUAACAACAUAAUGUUUACAUGUGUCGCAUCAGCCCAGCUACAUGUGAAGUACUCGUCUUUCAUAAAGACUGCUCAUAACCUCGCCACUAGACUGGCAGACAGGACAUACUAUCUGGAACAACAAAAACUAAAAGCAUUACAAAAUAGAAAUGAAUAAAGGAACUUUGCACAUAUUUAUAUUUCUAAGAUAUUUCAAUACUUAAUAUUAAAGCGCACUUUUUUUUUAACCAAAUUGAACCGAUUCUCUUUGUGCCUUCAUUUAUCUAGGAUACACGUCUGUCUGUCUGUGUGCGAUUUAAUUAACACUUUAACUGAAUAUGCUGUCAAUUUAAACCCCUCUGGCGUUAACCCCUCUAGAAUCAACUCUCAGAUAUAACACUUUUUUACCUCAACACCGAGAUUGUAACACCUGCAAAUUUGCUGUGUGGGGUACACGUGAAACAUUUCUCUGGAAAUGUGCAGUGUACUGAACUGUAGUGUGUGUGUAUGUAUGUGUGUGUGUGUGUGUGUGUGUGUGUGUGUGUGUGUGUGUGUGUGUGUGUGUGUGUGUGUGUGUGUGUGUGUGUGUGUGUGUGUGUGUGUGUGUGUGUGUGUGUGUGUGUGUGUGUGUGUGUUUUUGAGAGUGAGAAAUAGGUGAGGGGGGUCAGAGAAUUAGUGUAUGUGAGGUCAGAGAGGUGAAAGGUUCCACGUGGGAGAGAUUUAUGAUGGUCUGUGGUUAGCAGUGUGUAAAAGGUAUACAUGAGGGUCUGGGUGGAGAAUUUCUCAAUAGUGUGAGUCUCUCUCUCUCCCCCUAUUCAAUUCAAAUGGCUUUAUUGGCAUGGGAAACAUGUUUAUAUUGCCAAAGCAAGUGAAAUAGAGAAUAAACAAAAGUGAAAUGAA